AGCCGCAGCAGCAGCAGUGAGUGGUUUCAGUUUGCGUUUUACAAUCGCGUAGUCGCGGAUGAUGUAGAUUGAUGGUCUGCUGUUUGCACCCGUGUAAAUCGAAAAUUGCGUACAUACGCCGUGCGUUGCGACAAGCCCGAUGUAUUAGAAGUGGUUAUUGGUAGUGAGAUGAUUUUGUCCGGAUUGUGUUCCCGGAAUAGUGAUCUCCUGAGAUUGUCAAUUCCUUGUUUACUGGUGAUGUGCUUAAUCUGUCAAAAGUGAAGUCGAAGCUCCAGCUGCUUCUUCAGGUGGUGGUAUCCGCUGGUGAAUGGGAGUGUGAAGCUUUGACUCCCGAAGCUAGCGAAAAUUUUAGCGCUGCGGAAAUUGUGGAGACUUAAGGUUACGCAUUUCGGCGGAACAGAGCAGAAUUGAAAGCAACGCAAAAUUUGGUUAGUUUGAGUUAUUCUGCAGGAUUUUGACUGUUCUUUUUAAUCACCAAUUCAGCGAACUGCGGCAAGGACUCAGUACUCCUCUCCAGGCCGCCGCCGUAGCGAACUCAACAGUGUUGGCUGCGAUUGCGAUCGCGCAGCAUCCCCUAGUGUCGCGUGGCGGAGGCGAGUUUAAUAGAGCUUAUCUUUGUGUGUGCACGGGAUAAAUUGCAUUUAACUCAACAAAUAGGAAAAAACAACCAGUAUUAUACAAUACGCUGCAUUACUACUGGCGUUACGUGUGAUUAUUCUUCACGACCGUCGUUUGUGGGGUGUUUGUGUGCGCCAUAAUCAAUCAGCAAGCGCGGAAGAGAGCUUGUUUGUGCGACUACUUGAGCGGAGGUGUUUAUCACAUUUUUUCGCACAUUCGUGUGUGCGUGGUGCAUAAAACAGUUAAGUGUGUGCAGAAGACAAAAUUCAAGAAGCUUACUACGUCGUUGUGGGGGAGGAGGAUGAGUGCGGCUAUGUGAAAGCAGGCAGGUGUAUUGGAACCACCGUGUAAUGCUGCUAAUAACUAUUAUUGCAGCCAUUAUUGUUGACCAGAACAACGCGCUGAAGAACGCGCGUGGGAACAUUAGCAGCAUAGCCGUGGCGCCGCGUCAGCUGUUUGCUAAAAAGUGAGACCGAGGAGAAAAAAAUCCGAACGAAUCAACUUUGUUUGUCCUCCACAGUGUCGCGUUAAAUGUGCAGCUAAUAGCUGGUGUCAACAAAUGUCUAUCCGCUGGUUUGUCGGUGAGGGGAGAAAAAUUCAGUCCAACUCAGUUCAAGUCCAGAUCGGCAGUGUGCACAUAGAAGGGAAAAUUCGUGGAUGAGUAGUGCAUUUUGGAAGUUACCAAUUUUGUUAUAGUGUUCAUGAAGUGAACGAAAAUGCGUCGAACCAGUCGCAACUCGUUUAAUUUUGAUUUUUCUCUGCGGAGACUCCUGCUGCAGGGAGCACGAGCGGCCAGAGGAAGUCCUCCCCUUGGGCAGAGGCUGUGCGACGUGGAGAAGGGAAAUGGCAGCGGGCCAAGCGCCAACAGCGGUAAACAUGACAAGAACGGAUCAUCCAGCAGUGGGAGUAAUAAGCACAACACCGACUCUACUUCGCAACAUUCAGCCAAUUCACCGGGCAACCUGGACCGAGGCAAUUCCACCUCUAAACUUACGCCAAAUAGUCAUAAGUCAUCGAACAGUCUGCACAGCAAAAGCGCUUCCGCCCUGGGGCCGGCUGGUUUAACGGCCAAAUCGUCCUCCGCUUCUUCCUCCUCGCCGGAGGAAUGUCCGCUGUGUUACGAUACUCUCCCGGCCGGGGAGGAGUUUUACUCGCUGCUGAACUGUAAGCACAACGCCUGCCGAGGCUGCCUGGAGAACUACUUGAUGAUCGAAAUCUCCGAAAGUCGGACGGACAUCAGUUGCCCCCAGUGUCCCGAAUCGAUGCACCCGACUGACAUCCAGGCGCUGCUUCGGGCCUAUCCCGCUGCCAUAACCAAAUACGAAGACUUUAUGGUGCGCCGGGUACUGCUAGCCGAUCCGGACUCCCGCUGGUGCCCGGGACCUGACUGCAGCUACGCGGUGGUCGCCAGUGGGUGCGCCUCCUGCCCAAGGAUACGCUGUGAGCGACCCGGCUGUGAUGUCCAGUUCUGCUACCACUGCAAGGCCGAGUGGCAUCCGGAUCAAACGUGCGAUGCGGCCCGAGCGUCCCGCCAGAGUCCCACCAGGGCACCGUCCGGUAGUAUAAGUCAAGAUUCACACCAUAAGGACGACAUUAAGCCGUGUCCCCGCUGCCAGGUACUCAUCGUGAAGAUGGACGACGGCUCGUGCAACCACAUGGUUUGUGCCAUCUGCGGCUCGGAGUUCUGCUGGCUGUGCAUGAAGGAGAUCAGUGACCUGCACUAUCUGAGCCCCUCCGGCUGUACCUUCUGGGGCAAGAAGCCCUGGUCGCGGAAGAAGAAACUGCUCUGGCAGCUGGGCACACUGGUGGGAGCACCGCUGGGAAUCGCCCUGGUGGCCGGCAUUGCGGUGCCCGCGAUGAUUAUAGGAAUUCCCGUCUGGGUGGGCCGUAAGAUUCACGCACGCUACAAAGCGGCCGGGAAGCACAAGCGGAACUUUGCCGUGUUGGGAGGCGUUACAGCAUCGGUCGUAGUGUCCCCUGUGCUGGCCGGUUUGGCUGUUGCAAUCGGAGUGCCCAUCCUGCUGUUCUACGUGUACGGUGUAGUGCCGGUGUCCCUUUGUCGCGCCGGCUGCGGCGAGGGCACUAGGUUCGAAUUCGACGAGGAGGAGGACAACGGUUCGCGAAAUCAUGAUGCGACCAGCGUGGACGCCGUGUCCCGCAUCGGUGCCACCAGCAUAGGGGAGGUCAGCCUGAGUGUGGCGAGCGGAAGCCAUCUGGGCGUUAGCAGUCAACAUUCGAACUUUGGUGCGAACACCAAUCCAUCCACCCGGGAAUCGACAACCGCCCUAGCUGGCAGUAUAACUGGCCACCGUUUGGAGGUGCAGGCCGACAUCAGCACCUCGGAGACCGCAUCCGCUGUAACCUGCGUGAGCGAGAAGUCCGGCAACACGCUGAACGAUACCGCUUCCACCAAGGCGCUCGCUGGUUCGAUUCUCAGCUACCGGACCCAACAGAUGGCGACUGAUUCGGCGUGCUUCAGCGCCUCGGAGGAUGGCGCAUCGGAACGGGUUCGGUUCGAUAACGCCGUGUGCUAUGUGAUCGAUGGCAGCAGUGCGACUUCCGCCGGCGGAAGCAAGAAGGAUUCCUGUGAUAUUUGGUAUACUGUCCCACUGGAUCAGGACACCGCUGCCGAUAAAUCGAGCCUGGGCAGUGGUCGAUCGUUCCGCAGUUCGGAGCGAUCCUUCCGGGACGAUUUCGACUCGACUAGUUUAUCGUCAUCGCACAACACCACCAAUGCCACCAGCAACAGUCAUCACUGCCACGGUGCGGUGGGAACAAAUCCCAGUGGAGGUGCUGCAAGUGGCACCGGCUGCUCGGUCCCGUCCGGGCCCAAGCGUAUCAAUGCAUUUGGAACACGCAUUCCAAAACUGGGUUCGGCGGUACAUCAGCACCGAACCCUCUCGAUGGAUAGCAACACCGGUUCGUACAACAUCCCGGAGAACGUAAGUCUAGAGCAGGAACUGGAGGAGCAAGAUCAGCAGGAGAAGCAGUCCUCAUCCUCAUUGGCUCCGUCGCCGAAGGUGGUCCCACAGCUCGCCCGAAAGUCUGCAGGCGUAGUGGAGGUAGAAGUAUCACCCAAGCUAGACGAUUCACGGCGAGUGCCCAAGUCUAGGACCCACAUUUUGCGAAAUCUGUUCUUCGCCCAAUCCGUCGACGGCGGAGGCCUCGGGGGCUCAUCAAAUGCAUAAAAAUAUUCCAUGGGGAAUGGGAAAGAAGCACAUUAAUCUUGGCAGCUGACAUGUACUGUCGAAUUGUUGGUUCUUUUUUCCGAAAUUUACGCGAAGGAAUUUUCUGUACGGAUAGAUUUAAAACAAAUUAAUCUAUUUAUUUUUUUUAUUUAUCAAAAUUCGAUACAUCCUUUGAAGAGCGAUAUCUGGGAAGAUUGGCUCAAUUUUGUGGCACACGAAGGAUGCAAUUGAAAAUGAAAAAACGCUUUUAUUAUUACGAUAAAAUCAGCAAUUCGACACAAAAACGUGAAUUCAGAUUGAAUGCGAAAUCCAGGGCAGCUUAGGGCGUGGAAAAAUGCAAAACAAUCGACAAACGCGCGUGGAGAAGAUUGUAUUUAUGAUUGCAACUGAUUACAUUUAACGAAACCCCGCAGAUACCGUGCAAGUAGCCCGAGAAGCGGAGCAACAUGUUCAAAAGAA